UCCGAGGGUCUGCCUCAGAAUCCGCCCCCAGAGGCGGGAGCGAGCAGGAGCUAUGUGGCAGGUCAGUGCCCGCUGCCUGUGCCGGGCCAGCUCCCGCGCCUGGCAGAAGCGGCUGCCCUGGCCCGGCCCCUGCGGUCCUGCAGCCCCUCGGAGCCGCAGCCCCGCGUGGAGCUCCGGGACAGCCCCCGCCCAGGGACUCUCGUCCAUGGCUCCCUCCAUCCGCCUGUCGCCCGCCACCCGCAGCCUCUUCGACGAGCCGCUGGCCAUCGCCGUGCAGGGCCUCGGCCCGCGGCAGCAGGUCACGCUGCGCACGUCCUUGCGGGACGAGACCGGAGAGCUCUUCCAGGCCAGUGCCCGCUACCAGGCGGGCGACGACGGGGAGCUGGACCUCGCCCGCUGUCCUGCGCUGCCGGGAGGCAGCUUCUCCGGCCUGGAGCCCAUGGGGCUGCUCUGGGCUUUGCAGCCCCAGAAGCCUUUCUGGCGGCUGGUAAAGCGGGACGUGCAGAGCCCCUUCCUCCUGCAGCUGGAGGUGUUUGAGGGCCACGGGCAGCGCCCCGGGCGGCUCCUGGCCCAGGCGCAGCACGAGCGGGCGUUCCUGCGGGACGGGGUGCGGAGAGUGCCGGUGCGAGAGGGGAGGAUCCGGGCGACGCUAUUCCUGCCCCCCGGAAGUGGCCCCUUUCCGGGUAUUAUUGACUUGUAUGGAACUGGAGGAGGACUCCCUGAAUACAGGGCAUGCCUGCUGGCCAACCAUGGCUUUGCUGUGCUGGCUCUGGCUUUCUACAGCUAUGAAGAUCUCCCCAAAGGGAUGAAGGAAUUCCACCUGGAAUAUUUUGAAGAAGCUGUAAACUAUAUGUUACAACACACACAGGUUAAAGGUCCAGGAAUUGGUUUGCUUGGACACUCAAAGGGGGGUGACCUGUGUGUCUCCAUGGCCUCCUUCCUAAAGGGCAUCACAGCCACUGCCCUUAUCAAUGGCUCAGUGGCAAACGUGGGUGCAGUGCUCCAUUACAAGGACAUCACCAUUCCACCCCUUGGUGUCAACCUAAAACGCAUCAAGGUCAGCAAGUCUGGGAUUGCUGAUAUUAUUGAUGCAUUGAACAACCCACUAGAAGGGCCUGACCAGCAAAGCUUUAUCCCUUUGGAGAAGGCUGAAUGUUGCUUCUUGUUCAUUGUUGGCCAGGAUGAUCACAACUGGAAAAGUGAAUUCUUUGCAGUUGAGGGGAGCAAACGUCUGCAAGCUCAUGGGAAAGAAAAGCCUGAGAUAGUCUGUUAUCCUGGAGCAGGACACUACAUUGAACCUCCCUUUUUCCCGAUGUGUGCAGCCUCAAUGCACCUGCUAUUUGGCAAGCCUGUGAUGUGGGGAGGAGAGCCCAAGGCACACUGUGAGGCACAGAUAGAUGCUUGGCAGCAGAUCCAAGCUUUCUUUCAUAAACACCUCACAGGCAAGCCAUCUGGAACAUCCAGUAAGCUCUUGGUCCACCAGGGCCACAGCCCGCCCGGCGCCAUGCCCGGGCCCGUGGUGGCCAAGGCCGAGGUGCAGAGGUGGUUCAUGGCCCCCGGCGUGCGGAGGAUCCGGCUGAAGGAAGGAGUCGUAAGGGGCUCCCUUUUCCUGCCGCCGGGGGAUGGUCCCUUUCCAGGAGUGAUUGACAUGUAUGGUGAUGAAGGAGGCUUGAUCGAAUUCAGAUCCAGUCUCCUGGCUACCCAUGGUUUUGCUGCUCUUUCUCUGCCAUAUUUUGACUUUGAAGAUCUUCCUAGGUUCAUGAAAGAAUUAAAACUUGAGUACUUUGAGGAGGCAGCAAGAUUCCUACGGCGUCACCCAAAGGUGAAAGGACCAGGAGUUGGAGUGAUUGGGACUGGGAAGGGGGCAGAAUUAGCACUCUCCAUGAUCACCUUCCUGCCAGAAGUAGUGGCUGCUGUCUCCGUCUCUGGCUGUAGUUCAAACACUGUUGCAGACCUCCAUUAUGGUGAGACGACUCUGCCUGGGCUGCGUUUUGAUAUGAAGAAAGUCAAUGUCUCUCAGUCUGGUAUAUUUGACAUUUUUGAAGCUCUGGAUGACCCAACAAAUCCUGCUACUUCUUCUAGUGUGAUCCCCAUUGAAAAAGCAGAAGGUCACUUUCUCUUAGUGGUAGGGGAAGGUGAUCGGAUCUGGAAGAGCUCCUUAUAUGCUGAGUUGGCAAUCAGGCGUCUACGCCAGCAUGGGAAAGAGAACUUUAAACUCCUGAGUUAUCCAGGAGCAGGUCACAGAAUUGAUCCUUCUUUUACUCCGUUUUGUCGGGUAGCUGUGGAUCGUGUUUUGGGGGUGCCUGUUCUGGGGGGUGGAGAGAGCAAAGCACAUGCCCAUGCACAGGAACACUCCUGGGGAAAGAUUCAGGAGUUUCUGCACUUGCAUUUGGGAUGAACACUUAAGCACAUGGAAGCUGUUGCAGAUUUGCAAGGACUGAACUUGAGCCACCAAAAUGACCGGUGAUGACUGGUGAAUUGAAGGGAUUGACUGAGACAAGCCUUGAAAUAUGAAAAUAAUCAAAUGACUACUUAGUUACAAGUAUAAAUGUAAAAAGAAAGGGAUUUAUUUGGAGCAGCCUAAGUUAAUUUAACUAGGUAAAUAGAGGAGAUGUGAAACAACAAGCAGGCUGCAGUACAGUGCAAAUUUGACAGCUCAAAGUGGUCAUGAUAUGAAGAAGCAAGUACCUGGAGAGAGUAGUAGAUACUUCCUUGCUUGCAGUAUUUAUACCUCAGAGAAUGUUAACAGGUAGCCUGCACCCUCAGCAGUGACAGACAGGAUCACACCUUGGCAAUGACGGAUGAUAAAUGUAGAUAGCCAAAUCAUGAAUGACUCCAGCUCAGAGAAUGACUCUGGCAGUCCUAAGCUACCUUAUCCCAGAAUUCUCAUAUUUACAGCUGUUAUACAUUUUUGAAAUGUUUUCCAUUUACAUGAAGCUGGAGAUACCUACUUAAAAUGAGGUUCAUAUAGUUACCAUUGUGGUCUUCUGGUGACACAGUCUGUUUCUUUCCAAAAAGAACUAUGUGCUGAAUGGGAAAAUGAUGAGUACUCUUCCUUGUCAUCCAAAGAGAAUGGCAGUACUAGCACUGUCUUGGGGAUGUACCUGUCCCUGUAAUGUCUUGGAUUGGUGUUUGACACUCAGGGUAUUAAGAUUCUGUUGGAUAGGUUAGAGCAUGUCUAAAUACAGCCAUUAAGUUAGGUAUUAAUUACUUGUGGAACUCUUUAGUAAUGAUGUCAAUAGAUGCUGACAGCUGUUCUUAGGGAGGAAGCAGUUGGGAGACAGAAAACCUAGCCCAUAGAUUUAAACUGACUAAAAAGCUGUCACCUUAUGGUGAUGAUUAACUCAGAAUGAUACCAAACUAGUAAUGCCCUCCAAAAGAAAGCACCCAAAGCUAAAUCUAGGAUAGCUUUUCCAUGACUGCCUGAGAUUUUUUAUUUUUUUUUUUCAUCCAAGUUCAUUUUUGGCUAGUGCCUUUUUUCCCCUCACCAUUCAAGUAGAAAGAAACAACUUCUUCUUAAAUUAGUUGAUCUCUCAAGAGGAUCUAGCUGAAAUGGUGCCAGUGCUGAAGGCCUGUUUAAGGAGGGCCUCUAUCAACAAAAUUUCUCCGUCCAAAGUCAUUUUGUCAGACCGGUUUGAGAACUGUCCAGGAAGAUAGAAAACUCUUUAGUGGUACUCAGUUUUGCUUUGCUCUCAGGGAUCUCUCUCCAGUUAACUGUCAUGCUGCUGCUCAGUCUCAAUAGCUUUCUGCAACUCUUAUUAUUCCUUAUAAUUUGAUUAAUCACAUGUUCUUCCCACACAAUCAGUGUCAACUGAACAAUUUAUCCAUCCAUUCUUUACAAGAGAAGCUCCAUCCUGCUAACUCCACACAAGAUUUCUUCAUGCCUGGUCUCUAAACUCCCUCGCCUGCUGAAUAGGCUUUUUCCAAGGCAUAUCUGCUGCCUGCACCCUCUGCUAACACGAGCAGCCCGAGAAGUCCAGGACCAGAGCCUGCUGUGAUGUGCUCCUUGGUGCCACCCAUACCUGUCACCCUGCCUUUUUUGCCAAACUCAUUUCAAGUGGCAGCUGUAGGAGAAAGGGUUGUCUGUUGUGUGAAGGUUCCUGCCUCAUCCUGUGUCUCUUCAGUAGUUGGAGCUGUUGUUAAUUGUGCAAGAGUAGCACCUUUGCUAUCCCUGUUCUGUCACUCUUCCAGUGCCAAUACCUGUGUCUCCACACUGCAGUCCUACCUCAGCACAUGCAUUGCUAUGCAAGAUUGCAGUCUGGAGGUUCAGGAAGUAAAUGUUAAGUUGUAAAUAAAUAAAAAAAAAAACAAACACAGCUAAAUUAAGAGUUCUCAGACUUCAUUUCUAAAGCACAAGCUUUUAAAAUAAUUCAGCGUUAGACUUUGUGAUAUAUGCAAUUUGAAAGAUAAGUAAAACACAUCCUUUAUUAAAAAGCAACCAACCAUGUGUAAGAAUUUGAUGUUACGUAUUUGUUUGAAAAAGUGAAUGAUACUUUGUUUUAAAAGAAGGAAAAAUAAAACCAGUGUAAUUUUACUGUGAAGAGCCUUUUUUGUGAAUGAGAAGGA